AUGGCCGACAUCAAGACCGGCAUCUUCGCCAAGAACGUGCAGAAGCGGCUCAACCGCGCGCAGGAAAAGGUCCUCCAGAAGCUGGGGAAAGCUGAUGAAACAAAAGAUGAACAGUUUGAAGAAUAUGUCCAGAACUUCAAACGACAAGAGGCAGAGGGUACCAGACUUCAGCGGGAACUCCGAGGAUAUUUAGCAGCAAUCAAAGGCAUGCAGGAAGCCUCAAUGAAGCUCACUGAGUCACUUCAUGAAGUCUAUGAGCCGGACUGGUAUGGGAGGGAAGAUGUGAAGAUGGUUGGUGAGAAAUGUGAUGUGCUGUGGGAAGACUUCCAUCAAAAACUAGUGGAUGGGUCCUUGCUGACACUGGACACCUACCUGGGCCAAUUUCCUGACAUAAAGAAUCGCAUCGCUAAGCGCAGCAGGAAGCUCGUGGAUUACGACAGUGCUCGCCAUCACUUGGAGGCUCUGCAGAGUUCCAAAAGGAAAGAUGAAAGUCGGAUCUCUAAGGCAGAAGAGGAGUUUCAGAAAGCUCAGAAAGUGUUUGAAGAGUUCAAUGUUGACUUACAAGAAGAAUUACCAUCGUUAUGGUCAAGACGAGUUGGCUUUUAUGUCAAUACUUUCAAAAAUGUCUCCAGCCUCGAGGCCAAGUUUCACAAGGAAAUUGCAGUGCUUUGCCACAAGCUCUAUGAAGUGAUGACGAAACUUGGUGAUCAGCAUGCUGACAAGGCCUUCAGCAUUCAAGGAGCUCCCAGUGAUUCCGGUCCUCUUCGCAUUGCAAAGACACCAUCACCCCCAGAGGAGCCUUCACCCUUGCCCAGCCCAACAGCCAGUCCCAACCAUACACUAGCACCUGCGUCUCCUGCCCCAGUGCGACCCAGGUCACCUUCACAGACAAGGAAAGGGCCUCCUGUUCCACCUCUGCCUAAAGUCACCCCAACUAAAGAACUGAAGCAGGAGAACAUCAUCAAUUUCUUUGAAGACAACUUUGUUCCAGAAAUCAAUGUGACAACACCUUCCCAGAAUGAAGUCCUGGAGGUGAAGAAGGAGGAGACUUUGCUGGAUCUGGACUUUGACCCUUUCAAGCCUGACGUGGCUCCUGCAGGUUCUGCUACGGCCACCCACUCUCCCAUGUCUCAGACAUUGCCCUGGGACUUAUGGACGACAAGUACUGAUUUGGUACAACCGGCUUCUGGAGGUUCAUUUAAUGGCUUUACACAGCCCCAGGACACUUCAUUAUUCACCAUGCAGGCAGAUCAGAAUAUGGUAGGUGGCUUGGCUGAAACUGAACAGCCUCUAUCCAUGGAGCCCCAAGCAGAGGAGCCUCCUGUCACUGCUGCUGCACCUGUUUCAGGGCUAGACCUUGGACUGGAGAUGGAGGAGCCAAAGGAAGAUGUAGUGAUCCCUCCUGGAACCGAUGCUGAUGAGACUGUGGGAACUACAGUGCCAACUGCUGGGGUCCCAGUGGAAGAAGCAGAGGCAGAGAAGGCAGCCCUCCCUGCUGCAGAAGCAGACAGCAUGGAGGGGACCAAAAUCGAUGCUGAAAGCACUGAGGUUAAAAGCAGUGAAAGUCCUCCACCAGCAGAAACUGAAGCAGCUGCCACUCAGGAGAAGGUUAUCCCUUCUGUUGUUAUCGAGCCAGCCUCCAACCAUGAAGGGGAAGGAGAGCACCAUGAAACCACUGUGGGUCCCGAAACAAGAGAGGCCUCUGAGGUUGUGGCUCCCCGAGGCCAGGCUGGUGAGAUGCCAACACUGGCCGCAGAGGCCACGCCUCUGGAUUCUCAGGCAGCUUCACCUGCAGCAGCAGGUGCUGUGGAUUCCUCCUUGUCUGCAGAGGAUGCCGCUCAGGAAAUGCCUCCUGGCUUUCUCUACAAGGUGGAAACCCUGCAUGAUUUUGAGGCAGCGAAUUCUGAUGAACUUAACCUGCAAAGGGGUGAUGUGGUGCUCGUGGUCCCCUCAGACUCAGAAGCUGACCAGGAUGCAGGCUGGUUGGUGGGGGUGAAGGAGUCAGACUGGCUUCAGUACAGAGACCUGGCCACUUACAAAGGCCUAUUUCCAGAGAACUUCACCCGGCGUCUGGAGUAG